GAUCAACCCACUCAAAGAUUGUCUAUCAUCUAUACAAGCGAGCUCAUUUAUCACGAUCAAUCAAGAUGCGAUAUGCCAUCGCUCGACCGAGCGAGUAUCUCGUGCUCACGGGAGCCGGGAUCCAAGAUAUUCGCAUAUCCAAAAAGGCCAUUGUGAUGCCAUGGCAGCGGUGCGCAAGAUUCUCAGUAGCGCCCUUUGACUUCUCGCUUAGCCUUCAGGCGAUGACGAUCGAGAAACUCCAAUUUUCCCUGCCGGCGGUAUUCACGAUCGGGCCUGAGAACGAAUAUGAAGCGCUGAGGAAAUACGCGCUGCUUUUGUCCGGAAGCACGGCGGAGAACAAUUUUGCCAAGAAGGAGAAUAUAAGUGAUAAUGAGAGGAAGGGCCAUGUUCAAGACAUUGUCAAGGGCAUUAUCGAGGGCGAGACUCGUGUCAUUGUCUCCAGCAUGACCAUGGAGGAAAUUUUCAAGGAGCGACAGGUUUUCAAGAAUAAGGUCAUCGAUAAUGUCCAGAACGAACUGAAACAGUUCGGUUUGAAGAUUUACAAUGCCAACGUCAAGGAGCUCCAAGAUACGCCUGGCAGCGAAUACUUUGCGUUUCUGAGCCGAAAAGCGCACGAAGGAGCCCUGAACCAAGCAAAGAUCGACGUGGCUGAGGCACGGAUGAGAGGUGAGAUAGGAGAAGCCGAAAAGAAAGGACGCACGAAGCAGGAGAUCUCCAAAAUCGACGCAGACACCGCCGUUCUGGAAACGAAACGGAAAGCCGAAAAGGCCAAGGCAGAUUCCGAGCUCAAGAAUCGUCAGACGGAGCUCGAUUCAGGUGUCCAGCUUGCUCAGAUCGUAGCAAAGCGCGAGACGGAGGUGAGAGAUGCAGAGCUGAAGAAAAAGGUUGAAAACAAGCGUGCCGAAACAGAGCUGGAGCGUCUGAGAGCCGAACAAGUGACGAAAAGUAAAGUCGAACGUGAAUCCGCUCAGGAAAAGGCCGAUGCUGCAUUUUACACGGAGCAGAAAGCAGCCGAUGCGCGCUUAUACCGACAAAAGGUGGAGGCAGAUGCGGCCUUUUAUCGCCAAAGGCAAGAUGCCGACGCAGCCUUCUACCAACAGACACGCGAGGCUGAAGGAAUGCUCGAGAUGUCCAAGGCUUACGGCGCCCUUGUCAAUGUCCUCGGGGGCCCUCAGGCCUUCUUGCAAUUCCGCAUGCUGGAGACCGGCACCUAUGAGAAGUUGGCUAAGGCAAAUGGAGCCGCUAUCAACGGCCUUCAACCAAAGAUCACCACGUGGUCGACUGGUGGCAAGGCAGACGAGUCCGGCGAUGGAUUGGGAUCCAUUCAGAACAUCAUGCAGAGCCUUCCGCCUCUUCUCAGCACGAUCCAUGACCAAACCGGCAUUAGCCCUCCGUCAUGGUUAGCCCAAAUGCCGCCUGGGAGUCAUGUCGACGGGUCUCACAACGCCAAAGCAAUCAAGGGGCACUCGGUUGGUUCGAGUCCAGCAAACUGAUGACUUAACACGAUAGAUGGCAGAUUUUGAUACACGUUUGGGCUGUUUCUUCUUAAUUUUGUUCUUUUUUUAAAAAAAAUAAUUUUCGCUCUCUAAUUUUGUCCUUUUUUUCUUCGAGUCUUGGGUACUUUCGCUCUCUGAUGUGGCUGUUAAUGGCGUAUUAUUGAUGGGGAUCUCAUAUCGAAAUUAGAAGCAAGAAAAUGAAUGCAAAUUAUAAUC